AACACCACCAGCCAUCACAAUAACAAACACUUUACUCUUCCUCCUACUUUCAAUUAAAGCAGCAAAAUGCACUUCUCCAAGGUCAUUUCCGUCACCCUCUUUGCGGUUCUCGCAACUGCCUCCCCCGUCCCCGCCGAAAUCAGCAUCGAUCAGGCCCAGAUUGCAGCCGUCGCGGAAAGCUUCAACAACUUCGCGGGGAGCACCGAUGGCGCAGCAUCAGAUUUGAGUGGACAACUGCAAGCUCUUGGAGCCGGCGGAGCCUCUGCUGAGAAUAUCGCGCAAUGGAGCGCUGAGUUCCAGCAGAAGGCGAAGGAGCUCGUCCAGAUUUCGCAGGAAAUUUCCAGCGGACUGAGCCAGUCUGGGCAGUCAUUUGAACAGGCAGAGUCGGACGCUGCCAGCAACUUCGACAAGCUGGCGAGUGCGCUUGGUGGCAACUAGGCAUCUGAGGCUACCAGCAGUGAUAUGGCGGACAGGCUUGUUCGGUGCUGGAGGUCCUCAGCAGAACUGGAUUCUUGGUUGGAGUUGGCUGGAUAAAUACAUCAAGGCAUACAAGCAUAAUAUUAGACCAGUUAUCUUAAUAUUAUACGGCGUACAGUUUACCUUUGCUGAACUUGGCUACAGUGCAAUGGGUUGUUGACAAAUAAAUGACAAGUAGGGCUGGUAUGACCACCAAGACAGCACCGAGAGGAGAAUGGAGAACUCCGGCCCCGCUCAGUGUUCUGGACUCGGGAGCAAUUUCCCGAUCUCGGCUUCCCUGGAAUGGCGCCUUCUGAUUGGCAGACAUUGCAAGGGACUCUU